UGCAAAUUGGCAGCAUCGGACUAAAAGAGAAGGAAGCAAAUUCUUUCAUUUCAGCUCUAUGGACGUUAACUGUAAAGAUGCUGUCUUUUUUCUCUCAUCAGUAUUAACUGGGGUUACAGGAAACUGAAACUGGGUGUGGGAUCACAGAAGGCAGUUUUUUGUGAUAUAAAAUUACUUGUGUCAUUCUUUACUUCUGAAGUCAGGGGAGUCAGGUGAAGGAUCACAGAAUGGAAAACUCUCUGCAGACUGACGGCACUGGGGAUCAAGGAACAGUGGCUGUAACUCAGACAGAAACUGGAAACAACACAGACACUGCCCAGAGUGGAGGUGGCCUCAUCGCACCUCAGCUCAGCAACAAUAAUAUGAGAGAUGUAAAUAUCGUCCACAUCAACAAUACAUAUGUCAAAUCUGCUGCCAGGACAGAUGAGACUGAUGCUGUUUCUGCCAGAACUGAAGAAAACAUAGUCCAAAGGUACCAAGCUGAGCUAAAAUCUUACCUUCUAAAUGAAACAAAGGAUCUGUUUCAAGGAACAGAGGAAAAUGGAUCAUCAACUUCUUUAAAGAAGAUCUACACGGAGCUUUACAUCACAGAAGGAGACAGUGGGGUUAAUGAUGAAGAGAAGAAAAUCCACCUAAACAAAAUUUUUGAACCUUUAUCAAACGGAGAGAACCCUCCUCAGAGAGUCCUGACAAAGGGAAUUGCUGGUAUUGGAAAAACCGUCGCUGUGCAGAAAUUCACUCAUGACUGGGCAGAAGGAACAGCCAACCAGAACAUCCAGUUUGUAUUUCCAUUCACAUUCAGAGACCUGAAUUCAAUGAAAGACGAAUGUUUUAGUCUUAUGGACUUAAUAGGUAACUAUUUUAAAGAAGUGAAGGAUUUGAAAACAUCAGACUAUGAUGAUUGUAGUUUUCUGUUCAUCUUCGACGGCCUGGACGAAAGCCAAUUUCCUCUGGACUUUAAUAAAAAUAAGAUGUGCCGCAGUGUCACAAAGAAAACAACACUGGACACUCUACUAACUAAUUUAAUCAGUGGAAAACUGCUGCACAAAGCCCUGGUCUGGAUCACGAGUAGACUUGCUGCAACCAGCAAGAUUCCUCUCAAGUUCAUCAAUAGAGUGACCGAGGUACGAGGCUUUAAUGAUGAGCAGAAGGAGGAGUACUUUCAAAAGAAGAUUAAUGACGAGGUUGUGGCUCAGAAGAUCCUCAAACAUCUUCAGUCAAAGCCACUGAGAAGUCUGUACAUCAUGUGCCACAUCCCAUUGUUCUGCUGGAUUUUAGCCACAGUUCUCCAGAGUCUCCUCACAGAUACUCCUGAAACUGAGUUGCCAAAGACUGUGACUGAAAUGUACACACACUUCCUGAUCAUCCAGACAAAGAGGAAACAACAGAAGGAUUAUGAGAAAGGUGAACCAGACAAAGAUCUGAUCAUGAAGUUGGGAAAGCUGGCAUUUGAACAGCUACAGGAGGGCAACAUGAUCUUCAAUGAAAACGAUCUGAAAGAUUGUGAAAUUGAUCUGAAACAAGCUGCAGUUUUUUCAGGAGUUUGUACACAGAUCAUAAGAAAGGAAUAUGGUCUUCACAGACAGGAGUGUUACUCUUUCAUACAUUUAAGUGUUCAAGAGUUUCUUGCAGCUCUGUUUGUAUUAGAGACCUUCAUAGAUAGUGGAAAAAAUCUGCUUCCUAGUCCGACAUGGACAGUGACAUCGGAGAUCAGGGAGAAUUCUAUCAUCCUCCUCCACAAGAAUGCAUUGAAUAUGGCUUUGGAAAGCAAUUAUGGACAAUGGGACUUGUUUCUGCGCUUCCUGCUCGGUCUGUCACAGGAUAAAAAUCAGAAGCUUCUUCACAAAGUGUUUGGAUUACAGGGAACACAUCUGCAGAACAGCCAGGAGACAAUUGAGUAUAUUCACAAGAAGAUAAAGAAAUUGUCCAACUAUGACAAAACAAUCAAUCUGUUCCACUGUUUAAAUGAGUUGGGUGACCAGACUCUGGUAGAGCAAGUCCAAACAUACCAGAGCUCAGGAGAUGUCAGUAAAAUCUCACCUGCACAUUGGUCAGCUCUGGCUUUUGUGCUGCUUGUUUCUGGUGACGACCUGGAUGUCUUUGACCUGAAGAGGUACCACAGAAAUAAAGUUCUACCUCGGUUGGUACCAGUGCUCAAAGCAGCAAAGAAAGCUGUGUUGAGUGACUGUAUCCUCACUGACAGAUGCUGCAGAUACAUUUCAUCAGUUCUCAGCUUGGAGUCUUCUGCUCUGGAAGAGUUAGACCUGAGCAGAAAUAAACUGCAGGACUCUAGAGUGGAGCUGCUCUCUGAUGGCUUAAAAAGUCCCAACUGCAAACUCCAGAGACUCCGACUGAUCAGCUGUGACCUGUCUGAGAGAAGCUGUGAAGCUUUGGCCUCAGUUCUCAGCUCCCAGUCCUCAACUCUGAAAGAGCUGGACCUCAGUAACAACAACCUGCAGGAUUCAGGAGUGAAGCUGCUCCUUGCUUCAUUGAAGAGUCCACACUGUAACCUGGAAACUCUCAGGUUGUCAGGCUGUCAGGUCACAGAGGAAGGCUGCUCCUCUCUGGCCUCAGCUCUGAGAUCCAACCCCUCCCAUCUGAAAGAGCUGGACCUGAGCUACAACCAUCAAGAAGACUCAGGAGUGAAGCUGCUGUCUGCUCUAAAGGAGGAUCCACAAUGUGGACUGGAAACUCUCAGGUUGGAACAUGGUGGAAAGCAGAGACUGAAACCUGGUCUGAGGAAGUAUGCCUGUGAACUCACACUGGACACAAACACAGCUCACAGAAACCUCCAACUCACUGACAGCAACAGGAGGGUGACACCAGUGAGAGAGAGGCAGCCAUAUCCUUAUCAUCCAGAGAGAUUUGAACACUGGCGUCAGCUGCUGUGUGAAGAUGCUGUGACAGAUCACGGUUACUGGGAGGUCGAGUGGAAAGGGAAGGUUAAUAUAGCAGUGACCUACAGAGGAAUCAAAAGGAAAGGGCGCAGUUUUGACAGCAGGUUUGGAGAGACUCAUCAGUCCUGGAGUCUGAGCUGCUCUGAUGUUGAUGGUUACACUGUCAGUCACAAUAAGGAGAGAACAUACCUCCCUCGCUGCUCUGUCUCUAACAGAGUAGGUGUGUAUGUGGACUGUCCUGCCGGCCGUCUGUCCUUCUACAGAGUCUCCUCUGACUCUCUGAUCCACCUCCACACCUUUAAAACCACAAUCACUGAACCUCUUUACCCUGGGUUCUGGGUUGGAUCUGGUUCCUCUGUGUCUCUGUGCUCACUGUAGGAAUGAACAGAAGUUCUGUCUCUUUUCAAAAAUUUCAAGAGGCAACUAUCUGUUUGUUGAGAGAGCAGCUGAAGUGUCCUACCUGGUAAUAAUUGCUUUGGCCCUAAGAGGAGUAUGCAGUGAAAUUUGGCAUCCCUGACUUUCUGCUGUCUAGUAUUCCUGCAGAACUGGGCCAUCAAUGGGUGUUACAGCUGCAGCUGGCGCCCCCAUGCGUCCAGCCCUUUUGUGAAACUUUUGUGUAUCUACUAAGCAAGAAACAUGGCCUCCAGCACAAGAUUGACUCCAGCUGCUGGAGGCGUUGCUUCUUCCUUUGUUGCCAGAGCCCUGGAUCCUGCAAUUCAGAGAAGAGAGGUUACAAAACCUUUGCCAGCCUGUCAUGUGGGGCGGCCUGCACCCACAGCACGGCAUCUUACCUCCAACCUUUUGUUCUGUUGAGCUUGAUGCUGAUUAAUAAUUUUUUACUCUCAGCUCUUUGAGUUAGUAAUGAGUUACUUGUGAAACUGUGGGGACUGGAUCAGGUGUAGCUAUAAAGAAGUACUGAUAACACACACUCAGGAAUCUUGUCUUUGUUUUAGAGACAGUAGGAACAGGUUCUUUUUCCAAUAAAUCUUUAAUUUUUUGUGUUUUUAGUAAAUUGACAAAAAUAAAAAAAAUUAAACACAGGUGAAUAAAACAACAUGGUGAUGGGUGUAUUUCCUUCAGUUUUAUCCAGCCCUAUUUCUUUUGCCAGGUAAGUUCUUUUUAUAAAAAAUCUCUGGAAGGUUGCACACUGUUGCAUGGGUGGGUGAUAUUUGAAACAAAUUUAUGUUCAUGUCACUCAAAAAGUUUUCACAGCAGUGAGAUGCUGUUAGGUGAAGAGGAUAAGACAAACACCUCUGCAGCGUCUGAGAGAUGUAAGUAGAACAUACGUAAAGAAAAAGAAACCACCUUUAUCACACUUAUUCAUAAAAGUACCUUUAAGUACCUCGUUGUUGGCAAACCCAUGUUUUCUCUCUGGAUUCCUGCAACAUAAUCUCUAUGUCUUUUUAUAGCAACAAUAUAAUGACGAUUAUCUAAAACUAUCCCAAAUCAGUCAACAUUUUCAGAUUCCAUGAUGUUAUCACUCAUGUCUUUUCAUCUGGCUCAUGUUUUCUUCUUUCCUUACUCUUUAUCUGCUGUUCAGCCCUGUUAAUAGAUUUUGACAGUUUUGAGGUAUAUCUUUGAGUGAGACUCCAUAAUGGAAGUAGUACUUGUAGAUUGAACUGAUUCUGGUGUAGCUGCAGAAUUAAAACAUCCUGAACAAUAAUGAAGUCAGAUCUGUUUGCAGUAGUACAGCACAGUGUUAGAGCAGCUGCCACUUUAACUUCCUGUGAAUCUCCUAAAAUAAAUAAUUCCUUUCUUCAAAGAUAAUGACUUAAUGAUGAUUCUAUUCUUUGAAUCCAGGCUGACAUGA